UUUCCCUCGUCAGUGAUGAUGAGGCACAAGGACUUGUCUCUUCUUUGGAACUCGCUCAGACUUGUUGGGAACUAUUGGACGGUGCGGUGAAACAAUACAAAAUAUGUUUGACUCUCCUGGGAACUUCUGAUCUCCCUUCGGCACAUUUAGCAAAAGCACGAACGGAUACACUUACCGCUAUUGCCUAUUGCUCAAUGUUUCAAGCUUCCCUCUCUGGAAGAUUAGCCGUCGCGGCGGAAAAACAUACAUCUUUGCUCGUCACCGCUGAAGUGUACGCCACUUGGGCAGCGAGAGAGGUCGGUUGGUCUUUCCUCGUUGAAGGCACUCAAGAGGCGGCUUUGGCAGAUAGACGGACAAAUUCCUGGCGAGCGGAUGAGGCGGGAAAAAGGGCGGUCAUGUUGCUGGUCAGGGUUUGGUGGCAUAGGGCGGUGACGACGGAAAGCAUGGAUGUGGAGACUAAAGGAGCGGCGAAGAACGCAGUGGAGAGAGUGGUCAAGAGGAUGAAAGAAAGGGAGGGAGUGAAAGAUGGGGAUGUGGUGAGGUUUAAAAGUUGGUUGAUUAGAUUAGAAGGUGAAUUGGACGCUGCGGAGUUGUUGUUCUGGAAAAGUGUCAGUAGGAUCUUGAGAGGUGGACCAGGGUUUGUCAUGUCUUGAUAUCUUCUAGCUUGUAAAUUAGCCAAUCGUCUUUUUCCGCCGUGCAAUUCUGCUUGGUGUAUGUAUCAUUGAUGCCUGG